AUGAAGGUGCUUUGCCUCCACGGCAAGGGAACCAGCGGCACCAUAUUCCGCUCCCAGAUCUCCACAUUCCGCGCCAAACUUCCCGACGACGUACAAUUUGAUUUCAUCAAUGGGCCAUUCAAAAGCGACCCAGCCGCAGGCAUAGAUCUCUUCUAUGGCCCACCCUACUACUCCUUCUGGGAAAAUGACAGCGUCGACGCCAUCCGCGCCACGCACAGCUGGCUAAAUGAGCACAUUGCCAAGAACGGCCCUUACGACAUCGCACUCAUGUUUUCCCAGGGCUGCGUGCUAGGCUCCAGUAUGCUCCUAUUCCACCAGGAAGAAACACCCCACCUCCCGCCCCCAUUCAAAGCAGCCAUCUUCAUCUGCGGCGGCGCUUCGUUGUCUGUUCUCGAGGAAAUGGGAUUCCAUGUUUCUGCCGCGGCGCGCGAACGCGAUAUUGCGUCCAGGUCUGCUCUGGCUUUACAGGCUGGCUCGUCGGCGGUUUUGGAGCGCGGCGCGGAUCGCUGGACGGGGUUGAAGUCUCUGUCUGGUGGGCUAUCUGAGGACCAGUUGCGGAAUGAGAUCGCCAGCCCGUACCGGAUUGACGUACCGACUGUGCAUAUUUACGGCUCGAAGGAUCCGCGUUAUGCAGCUGGUGUGCAUUUGUCUGGUAUUUGUGAACUGGAGAAACGUCGCACUUAUGAUCAUGGCGGUGGGCAUGAGAUUCCUAGGACGGCGGCUGUGAGUAACUCCAUUGCUGAGCUGUUUCAGUGGGCGGUUGCGCAGGUCGACACCUCAAAUUGA